AUGAUGGCGGCGGCGGCGGCGGCCUGGGAUUCCCCUCAGGCGGCGGCGGCGGCUUCGAAGAUUCCCCUCAGGCGGCAGCGACGGCGCCGCUCGAAUCCGGCGCCCUGGAAGCGGAGGCCCAGCCCCUUUCUCGGCAUCCCGUCAGGCCUCGCGAGGAAGGAAGGAAGGAAGGCAGGCGGGGACGACGACGGAGAGGGCCGCGCGCGCGAGGAGCUGAGGCGGUAGCGGAGCCACGCAAGGCCGGCGGGGAAAGAGGCGCCUGGGAGUUAAGGGGAGAAAUUCCGGCGGGGCAGGCCUCGCCCCAAAGCCCGCUUUCCCGGCGCUGCGAGUCUUCCUCUUCCUUUUUAAAAAUAAAAGUCCAACUUGCUGGGUCCAGGCUGUGAACGACGACUGGCAAGCCCACCCAGUUGCCAAAAUGGUUGUAAGGGGUGGGAAAUGAACAGCGCAAAACCUUGAAACGCCUCAGUUUCACGUCCUUGCCUUUCGGUUGCUUUCUGUGGCCGCCCCAGAAAAGGUUAUUUCUUGUUGCUCUUGCUCGCCCUCGCUUUAGAGCUUUUCCUAGAAAAGAGCUCGCUAGAAAGAGGAAUACUGUAUGCAUUUCCUAAAGAAGGUGCAGCUGUGGCUGUAAGAUAUAUCUAUAUCCAUAUAUAGAUUAAAUCAAUUUCAGUUAUGUGCAUUUCAAUAAUUUUACAGUCCUAACAUUUCGACCCUUGACUUCCUCCUCUUUCUGCGGUUCCUUAAAUUUAUUUAUUUUUACAUUUCCGGCGCACUCCAAAUUAACUUGUUCAUUUCUUCCUCCGCUUUAAAUAUAUGCUCUUAGGAAACUGCAGGUCAUUACAACAUGUGAGAUAUAAAUGUUAUAUACAUUUCAAUAAUACAAUCCUAACAUUUUGACCAUUGACUUCCUCUUUCUGCAGUUCCUGAAAUUUAUUUAUUUUUACACUUCCGGCGUAUUCCAAAUUAACUUGUUCAUUUAUUCCUCUGCUUUAUUCCUCUUAGGAAACUGCAGGUCAUUUCAACGUGUGAGAUAUAAAUGUAAGUGUGUUUCCACAUGCAUGGCAUGUAUCUAUAGUCUAUUUCAUAUUCACGUAAUAAUAAUUCUAACGUAUGGAUUUGCUCCAAAAAGGGAAGCUCUUCAAAAUAUAGAAGAUAAUUGAUCCGCUUUGCGUAUUAUUCUAUAUCUCAACUUUUGCAGGGGCUUUCCUGGAUUUCAGACAAAGGUGUAUUAGCAGUAUUAACACCUUGGGAUGUCUGAGAUUUGAACUUGAGACCUUCUGCAUGCAAAGCUUGUGCUAAAACCCCUGAGCUACACUCAUCCCUCUACCCCCCCCUUAAGUUCAAAGUCAAGAGGUGCUGCGUUUUAGCUGGCCCAACUUUCGAACUCGCACCACUCCUUAGUUGGCAAGAAAUAAUAGCUUCAUCAACUCUGAAUCUCAAAAAUUGGAAAAUGGAUUCUAGGUUGACUCCAGCCCUGAAAUGCAGGGGGCAUAUCUGGGAAUUAAGAAGGUGGUGCCUUGCAGAUAAAGGAUUGGGAGCACAGCCCUGCAAGAGAAGGCUUUGGUGAUAUGGUGUGAAGCCCCUGGAGAGGGUGCAAAGAAUCUGGCUGAACUUUGAAAGGUUUGGGCAGAGUCUCGGUCACGGAACCCACAAACAUAUUCCUUCUCAGACUUGGAGUGUUAGGGGAACCAAGAGUUGCUCACAGUUCUUUCCCACCUCGCUGAUGAAACAAACAAGCUAGACAAACCAGAAGACAGAAACGUUUGUGGGGUUUGGGGUUUUUUUGCAAUUGGGGUGUAUGUAAGAGUAUUUUCACAUAGUUUUAAAGAUGCUGGUGAAGAAUGUGGUCACAAACUGAUGCCAGAUGGGUUAACAGCAUACUUAAUACUGCUCUUUGCUGUCCGCAUAAGCUGAAACGUAAUACUUCUGAAAGCAAAGGCAUCGGAUUGAAGUUGGUUUGGACAAACCUGUCCCCACAAAAUAAAAGGACAUAUUCUGUCUAUAAUAGUUUGUUUGCUUUGAACAGGGCUUCAUAAAUUUCCUCCCAGCUGGAGGGAGAGCAGCAAAGAGCAGUGUUGGGGACUUUGGGGUACAUUUUAACCAUCCUCAGCUAUCCUAUCUCAACAUUGUGAAAAACAGUAGUAGUAUUUUUAUAUAUAGUAAUUGUUUAUUAAUUUAAUUUAGACCUCCCUCACUGGGAGAGCCCAGUGCACCAAACAGGAUACACAAUAUAAAAACAAAGGAAAAACAUUCUAAAACAAUAUUUUUUUAAAAAAUGCUAUUAUCUCUUUACUCUGUCAACUACAUUUCUUUUUUCUUUUUAAAGGAGGCUUUUAUUCAAAGAAGUAGUGGAGUCUUCAUAGUAGAUGAUCUCACAGUGAAGACUAGACUGGAUCGGAAAACUACCUAUCAGCACAGCACAGCCUUUGGAGUGUCUUCGCGCUUCAUGCUUUGCAUAUAA